AUGUUGGUUACAACUAAACCUGAGGACCCUAAACACACCCCUGGUUCAAUGCGUAAAUAUUGCUUGCCGAGAUUAGGCAAUUUGUCUGAAUGUCUCGGGGCGGCAGUCCAUGGCUCCCGAGGGCCACAUCACGACUCGCGCUCUGGAGGUGUCAAUUGCCCACCUUUAACCAAGCUUGGCACUCAAAAAAUGAACUGUCCUCCGGGUCCACCCGGCAAGAGAGGGAAGAAAGGGAAAAAAGGAGAUAGCGGAGAGUCAGGCCCGCCGGGGUUGAUGGGAGCGCCGGGCAAAAAUGGAUUUCCGGGGAGCAAGGGAGAGAAGGGAGAACGCGGCUUCAUGGGACCAAUAGGAUUAGAUGGACCAAAAGGAGAUCCGGGUCGACCGGGUGACAAGGGGCAGAAGGGUGAGCAUGGCAGUCCAGGGUUCGACGUUUUCUCAGCGGUGAAGGGUGUCAAGAGAUCCGUGGACAACUAUAAGAUGAGUCCGUAUACAACGGCAGAGAUCAUAGCUGUCAAGGGUGAGCCAGGCGAACCAGGUCCGCCAGGCGUACCAGGUCCACCUGGCGCUGAUGGAACAACAGGUGCUGAAGGCCGGGUGGGACCGUCGGGUGCGCCUGGACCUGCUGGACCGAUCGGACCAGCUGGGCCACCUGGACCAAUAGGACCAGUGGGUCCACCCGGACCAUCAGGACUUAAGGGUGAUCGCGGCGACAAAGGCGAACGUGGCUUCACGACGACAUUAAAAGGAGAUGCUUUCCCAACUGGCAUUAUCGAAGGACCUCCCGGACCACCUGGACCUCCCGGUGCGGCAGGAGCUCCUGGCUUACGGGGUCCAUCAGGUAUAGAUGGAAGACCAGGCGAUCCGGGCGUCGCAGGACCACCAGGAAAGCCGGGUGAGAUCGGGCCAAAGGGCGAAAAGGGUGACUACGGUGACAUGGGUUCCCCUGGCAUGCUUGGUGCCCCGGGGCUACCCGGACCUCCAGGUUAUCCUGGCUUGAAGGGAGAAAAAGGGGACAAAGGCGAUUCUGGAGACGGAACCGGCUAUGAGCUGUACGGACACGAAAUGAUGAUGGGUCCUCCAGGUGCACCAGGCCCGGCAGGGCCCCCAGGCGUAGCCGGUCCGCCAGGGAUCAAAGGCGAUAAGGGAGAUCCCGGAAUCAGAGGCAAAUCGGGUGAACGCGGUGAAAAAGGUGAUCCAGGACCCAUGGGGCUUCCGGGCCCCGUUGGUCUACCAGGAGAGCCAGGUGAGCCAGGGGAACCAGGAAGACACGGCGAUCCGGGGCCAAGAGGCCCUGUAGGCAAACGUGGACGUAAAGGUGACAAGGGGGAUAGAGGUGAACAGGGUGUACCUGGAUUGGACGCACCUUGCCCACUUGGACCAGAUGGGUUACCGCUUCCUGGCUGUGGAUGGAGACCGUCUAAGGAGGCAGCACGCGAACACAGACCACCUAUCGGGAGUGAGGAGGUAACGGGGGGUGAAGAAGAGGAGGAGACCGAAUAUGACGCUGGUGAGGUAGAGGAGGGGGAAGGGCAGGAGGGAGAUGGGAUGGUACGCGAAUACGAUGACUAUGUGGACAAUGCGCACUUAGCCAUGCACGCAGACUGA